AUGUUCGUUCCACUCUGUUUUUACCCUGGGUUUACAGUGGUUGUAAAGAAGUUUUCAUGGAGGUACACUAAAGAACCUGCAAGCUUUGUCCAACCAGAAAGCAGUGACUUAAUCAAUCUUCUAUUUGUCCCAGUGGCCCAAGCAGACAGACUAGAUGACCAGCCUGUCAAAUCGAAUGGACAGGCAGCUAAUUCUAAAUUGAAAACUUCUGCUCCUACUAUUAAAAUAAAAUCAGAAAGUAAAAAUUUACAUAAAUAUCCAACAAAAUUCAACUCUGGUGAGUUGAAGAACAUCCUUAAAGACAAGAUCCCUGCUGCUAAUCCUAAGACUACAUCAGAUCAACAAGAUUCAGUCAGGGUAUUAGAAUUUUCUAAAUCUACAAUUUCAAACAGGAAUGGGAAUGUUAAUUUUGAACAAAUUCUGAACAAUAAUCAAGACAGAGUAUUACAAAAUACUGACAAAUUGGUUAAAGAACAUGCAUAUAGUGGUAAUAAUGAUGAUAAUCACAGGCAGAUGAUCAAAGAGAAUGUUGAUUCUAAAAUUUCUGAAAUAAACCUGAAUGAAGUUACCGAAGAAAAUAGAUUUGCUUCUAUUGGUAGUAACGAAAUAAAAAAUGAUGGUCACAGAAAUGCUAAUUUUAAAAAAUCUUCUGGAAAAGUUGCAGGUGAAAUUAAUUUAAAACUUGGCUCUGCAGCUUGUGAUAAUAAUCAGAUAUCAUCAUCUCCAUCAGAGUCAUCACAUAAAACAUCACACAAAUCAUCAUCUUCAUCAUCAUCUUCAUCAUCCUCAUCUUCAUUCUCACCUUCAUCUUCAUCAUCAUCUUCAUCAUCAUCAAUUUUUAUCUGUUUCCACAAUGACAUGUGUGAACAGAGAUCAAUAAUUGUGCCAUGUGACACUUCCUUGUUUUUAAAGUAA